AUGAUUAAAGCUGCAGUAAUGAGAGAUGGGAGGGCGGGACGCUCAGGAAGGGAGGAUGCUCACUACUUAAGGCUCAGACUGCUUUGCUGUGUGGUCUUCUCUCUGCUCGCUGCCUCUGUCCUGGCUGACGGGUUCCAGUACUCGUACUCUCGGUUCAGAGGCUCGAAGCACGGCGUGGAGACGACUCUGAGAGGAACAGGUCGAAUCACGGCGGUCCGGCUGUGGUCAGGCUACAACAGCUUCAUCUUUGGAUUUGAAUCUUUCUUCUGCUCCUCCUCCAGGAUACAGUUCCGCUUCGGACCCAUCUGGUCCAGAACUGUGGGUCGAACCACCGGAGCGCGCCAAGAGAUUCAGCUGUUUGAGGAUGAAACCAUCGUCCAGGUUUCAGGGAAGUACGGCCGUUACAUCCAGCAGCUGAUCUUCGUCACCAGCAGAGGACGCUUCCUGAUCGCCGGCCGGCCCAGCUUCCAGUCCUUCAACAUGUUCCCAGAACACAAAGACGCCGAGCUGAUCUUCCUCAGCAUCCGGUUCGGAAGAGCGCUGUACGCCGUCGCCUCCCACUGGGCCGUCGUCAACCAAACCGCCUGGUGACCGGAGAGGAGCCCGGACCAUUUCACCGCCCAGACCUUCAUGAUAUGUGGUUUUAAAGCACAUAUCUGACAUCAUCUGAUCUUCUGAUUACCAGACUGGACUCGUGUAGCAGCAUGAAGAGAUUCUCUGACAAACAUGCACCGUAGAACUGAGUGAAACCUGCAUCUCAGGCCUGUUUCUGUGGAACUUUGGUUUGUUUUGUUCUUUGUGUUGCUGAGAAAUUUGCACAAAUUGUCAUGUGCUGGACCUCAAAAAAUGUACAGAGUAAAACAUUGAA